AUGUACGCUCGCUAUGUUCCAUCCAAAAAGAAGGAGGCUCAGGCGCCUGUCGAACCUUCGGCGCCGCCUCCUCCCCCAGCUCCAGAACCAUCCGCGAUACCAGCUAGCGAGCCAGUCGUGACCGAAGGUACCACGGCGGCCGUUCCGUAUGCACGAUUCGUACCGUCCAAGAAACCUCGCACCUCAUAUUUAAGUGCAGCACCGACAGAACCUGACGUUUUGUCCCCGGCAACGAAGCGCAAACAUGAAGAGCCCGUCGAGGCCGUAGAUACCCCCGUCAAGAAGAAGAAGUCAAGAAAGUCGGAAACUGGAGCUGCAUCAGACGAAGAAGAGACGUCACCAAGAAAGUCCGCGGAAAAGAAGCAAAAGAAAAAGCGCGAAUCCGAGGCUGAGGUUGUCGAGGAGGGGGAUAGCAAGGAGAAGAAGGAUAGGAGGAAGAAGAAGAAGGACCGCGAACAGGAUGAGGAUGCAGAGGAUGAUACCGUCGACAGACGCCACAAGGACGUCCUGGCCAAGGCUACAAAGUACUUGAAAAAGUCAGCAGAACUAAUUGCCAAGAAUGAAGCCGCGGACAAGAUGGACGUGGAAGAGGAAGAGGAGAAGGAAGAAGAAUACGACUUGGUGCCCCUUCCACAACCCGAACCGACCGCCCUCGAUACCUCGAAACCCUCUUACGAGACGUUACCACCAUGGCUCGCCGCCCCUAUCCGCGUAGCUCCCGACACACGGACACCCUUUGCAGACAUUGGCAUCAACCCGAAAGCAGCACAGAUUCUCGAGUCAAAGGGGUUCAAGGACGCUUUUGCUGUUCAGACGGCCGCUCUUCCCUUGCUUCUGCCAUCUUGCAAGCAUCGCCAGGGGGAUGUCCUCGUUGCCGCGGCCACGGGAUCCGGUAAAACGCUGGCAUACGCUUUGCCCAUCGUGCGCGACAUCAGCCAAGGCGCCGUGACGAGACUGCGGGCUCUGGUCGUUUUGCCGACGCGUGAGUUGGUCAAGCAGGCCCAGGAGGUAUUCGAGCUUUGCGCCAGCGCAUUCGAUGGCCGAGAGCAGAAGAGAGUACGCAUCGGUAUUUCCAUUGGUAGUCAGCAGUUGAAGCACGAGCAGGCCAGUCUCAUCGAAAAGGGGGAGAAAUACGACCCUGAAGCAUACCGUGUCGCACACCAAAGGGAAUUGGAGGCAUGGAAGGAUGUUGAGGACACCACAGCGGAAGAUGAAGACGCAGCAGUAACGAAGCCGACCGUGGGGUCUCUGCCGGAUCACAUUGUCGAUUAUACGUCCAAGGUCGACGUCCUGAUCUGCACCCCCGGAAGGCUCGUCGAGCACAUUAACCUGACCCCCGGCUUCUCACUAGACUAUGUGCGCUGGAUGGUUGUCGACGAAGCCGACAAGCUUCUCGCUCAGAGUUUCCAGGGCUGGCUGGACACCGUCAUGCCCAAACUCAGCACCAACAAAUUCAGCGCUCGCGACUUUCCCGACUCAAACCUGAGCGGCGUGCGUAAGGUCGUCCUCAGUGCCACCCUGACGCGAGACCUUAGCUUGCUGAGUGGGCUACAACUCCGUAGGCCGCAGCUCAUCGUCUUGGAAGGCGAACAAGCCGACAGCACAGCAUCUAUUGCCGAGCAUACCCUGCCUACUCUGCUCAAGGAGUCGGCCAUCAGAGUACACGACGCGAAUCUCAAGCCGCUCUACCUCAUCGACCUCCUUCUUGACGGCCACCUCAUGUCCGAGACCACGUCCAAGACGAUUUCCGAGCCGCCCGCUGAAGACGACGCCACCUCUUCAUCAGACGAUUCCUUAGACUCCGAUUCUUCGUCAGACUCCGAUUCCGACUCGGACUCGGACAGCUCCUCAGACGCCAGCUCAACAGCCGCCGCUGCCACCACCUCCAAAUCUUCCACGAAACCCUUCACAACAACAGCCCUCAUCUUCACCAAAUCAAACGAAUCCGCGCUCCGUCUCUCCCGCCUCAUCUCCCUCCUCCACCCCUCCCUGGCCCCGUCCAUCGCAACCCUCACCUCGACCCAAAAGACCUCCGACCGCCGCCGUGCUCUCCGCGCCUUCGCUGCUCGCCGCCUCCGCCUCCUCGUCGCCUCCGACCUUGUUGCUCGCGGUAUCGAUCUUCCCCUCCUCGACAACGUCAUCAACUACGACCUCCCCGCCAGCGCCGCCGGCUACGUCCACCGCGUCGGUCGUACCGCGCGUGCCGGCCGCGCCGGCGCCGCCUGGACGCUGGUCGAGGACGGCGAGAGUGGUUGGUUCUGGGGUAAGAUUGCCAAGCCGAGCAGCGGGAUCCGCCGCGCGGAGAAGGUUGAUCGUCUGCGUAUCGGAGACCCCGACAGCGGCGGGUUCGAGGAGGAGAGAGUGCAGAAAUAUGAGGAGGCGUUGGAGAAGUUGGGCAAAGAGGCCGGUGAAGCCAGGAGGCAAAGAUAG